UCUUCUCUCCAAUGAAAAUUCUUCACAUAUAAAUAAACAAAACAAAAUUAAAAAAAAACUUGAGACUAUUUUUUUCUUCCACUUCUCCCUUUCCUCUUAUACCAUUCCUUCCCCAAAUCAAUAAACCAUUACAUAAAAGGACAGGGAAGGGGUAAAAUCGUCCUACAAAAAAUGGAUUCACCGACGUCGGCCGGAUCAACGGCGAGGAUAAUCCCGGCGAGAUCGUCCAUGAUAGAGUCGAUAAGAGGGUGCGGGUUACCGGGGGUCCGAAUAAACAGAGACGAGUUGAAAAAGAAGCUGUUAAUACCCGAAUACUUGCGCCAUGCAAUUCGUGACGCUAUUAAAACUAAAGACGCCGACGCUCAAGCUGACCGUUAUUUUAGUAAAACCGGCGAGCUUUAUGAUCCGCCCGAGAAUGAGGGGCCGGAGGGUCCCAUGGUUAUUUUUGUUAAUUCUAAAAGUGGCGGCCGGCAUGGUCCCGAACUUAAACUCCGGCUUCAGCAGUUAAUGGGUGAAGAACAGGUUUUUGAUCUAUCAAUUGUAAAGCCACAUGAAUUUGUUGAAUAUGGGUUGGUUUGCCUAGAAAAAAUGGCGUUACUUGGCGAUAAUUGUGCUAGAGAGACUCGAGAAAAGAUGAGAAUCAUGGUUGCUGGAGGUGAUGGAACCGUUGGAUGGGUACUUGGGAGUCUUGCGGCACUUUAUCGACAAGGGAGAGAGCCAGUUCCUCCUGUUGGAAUUAUUCCUCUUGGUACAGGCAAUGAUCUGGCUAGGAGCUUUGGUUGGGGUGGCUCGUUUCCUUUUGCUUGGAAAUCAGCUGUCAAAAGAUCUCUGCAGAGGGCUAUUUCAGGUCCAGUCUGCCGUCUAGAUAGUUGGCAGCUUCUAGUAUCAAUGCCAUGUGGAGAAGUUGUGGACCCACCCCAUUCUCUGAAGGCUACAGAAGAAUGUUCUCUUGAUCAGGGUUUAGAAGUCGAGGGACAGUUGCCUGAGAAGGUGAAUAGCUACGAAGGAGUCUUUUAUAAUUACUUUAGCAUAGGAAUGGAUGCUCAAGUAGCUUACGGCUUCCACCAUUUACGUAAUGAAAAACCUUAUCUUGCACAAGGUCCUAUUUCAAAUAAGUUAAUCUACUCUGGUUAUAGCUGCACUCAGGGUUGGUUUCUCACACCUUGCAUAAGUGAUCCAAGUUUGAGGGGGCUCAAAAAUAUCCUAAGGUUGCAUGUUAAAAAGGUUAAUUGCACAGAAUGGGAGCAGAUUCCUGUACCUAAAAGUGUAAGGGCAAUAAUUGCUUUAAAUCUUCACAAUUAUGGAAGUGGAAGAAAUCCAUGGGGUACUCCAAAGCCAGAUUAUUUGGAAAAGAAAGGGUUUGUGAAGGCCCACGCUGACGACGGUCUUCUUGAAAUUUUCGGAUUAAAGCAAGGAUGGCAUGCGUCUUUUGUUAUGGUUGAACUCAUCUCCGCCAAACACAUAGCCCAGGCUGCAGCAAUUCGGUUGGAAAUAAGAGGCGGUGAAUGGAAAGAUGCGUAUAUGCAAAUGGACGGGGAACCGUGGAAACAACCGUUGAGCAAGGAGUACUCAUCAUUCGUCGAAAUUAAGAGGGAGCCUCAUCAUUCACUUAUGAUCAACGGGGAGUAACUUAUUGGAUCUGUUUUUACCAGGUUUGAAUCACUUUAAUUGCCUUGCUAACCCAGAUCGGGUACCCCAAGGGCUUGUAAAUUAUGUAUAUGCCAGGUAAUUAGGUGCCUGGCAUUUGUUGUAUCAAAAUUCAUAUUAAUAGGCAAUUCUUGAUUCCUUUUUCUCUAA